AUGGCGGAGAAGCAAAGUGGUUUUAUUAAAGGUAGAAACAUAGGUCAAAAUGUGUUGGAUUGCCAGGACUUAUUGAAGCAUUAUGGACGGAGUAAUUGCAAGCCUAGCUGCAUUAUUCAGAUGGAUAUUAGGAAGGCUUAUGAUACCUUGGACUAUGAUUUUUUAGAAGAAAUGCUUGAGGCUUAUGGGUUUCCUAGUAAGUUCAUAAAGUUAAUCAUGGUUUGUGUGAAAACUCCCAAAUUCUCUCUAUUGAUAAAUGGGAUGCUUCAUGGCUUUUUCAGCUCUAAUCGUGGUCUAAGGCAUGGAGACCCGAUCUCCCCUUUACUCUUUGUUCUUUGUAUGGAAUAUCUUAACAGAAUCUUGACGAAGGUGGCUCGCCAUGAGAAUUUCAGAUUUCAUGAUAGAUGCUCAGAUCUUCAACUAACACAUAUGUGUUUUGCCGAUGAUGUGAUUUUAUUCACGCAUGGCGAUUUUAUGUCCAUAUAUUUGAUGCUGCAAGGUGUUGAGCUGUUUUCCAAGUCCUCGGGUCUGCAAAUCAACAAUAGCAAAACAGAGAUUAUUUGUAGAGGUAUGGCGAAUGAAGAGAUUCAAAGAGUUCUUCAUGUUUCUAAGUUUAGGGAGGGGAGUUUACCUAUCAAAUAUCUUGGUAUUCCUAUUAAUUCUAAGGGUAUUUCGGCUGUUGAUUGUGCCUCCAUUGUUGAUAAAAUGCUUUUACGCAGUGUGAAAUCCAUUUGUAAGGCUUUUCUGUGGAAGGGAGCUAAGGAAUUUGAUGGUGCAGGAAAUGUGGCCUGGGAAGAUGUUUGUAAGAGUAAAGCUAAAGGAGGUCUGGGUAUUAGGGAUGUAGAUUUAUGGAAUAUAGCUGCAAUAGGUAAAUAUGUUUGGGCUGUGGCUAAGAAUAAAGAGAGUCUGUGGGUUAAAUGGGUGCACUCAGUCUAUCUUAAAGGAACUUCUUGGUGGACCUAUGAAUCUUCAGCUACUGCAAGUUGGCAAUGGAAAAAAAUAGUGGCAGUUAAGAACAAGCUGAAGAGUUUAUAUUCCCUCCAAACUUUCUGUGAAACUGAGUAUAGUGUUAGAAAGGUGUACUGGAAGCUUAAGGAAAAUGAGAAUUCAGUGAAGCUUUCUUGGACUCGAGUAAUUUGGAGUGCUCAUAAUGUUCCUAAGUAUUCUUUCAUUGCUUGGCUUGCUCAACUUAAUCGCCUUAAGACUAGGAAGCGCCUCUUUCAACAUGGUGUUAUAGAUGAUCCUAAUUGUCUGAUUUGUGGGGAGGGGGAAGAAGAUAUCUAUCAUCUCUUUUUUGGCUGCUGUUAUAGUAAUUCUUGUUUGGCUAAGAUUAGUGAAUGGUUGGGCUGGAGUACUAGUGACAGAACCUUAAAUGGAUUAUUAAGGUGGCUUAAAGGUGUUUCUCAGGUCAGGAAAAGAGUUUAUUCCAUGACUUUGAUAGCAGCUGUGUAUCAAAUUUGGAAGGUUCGGAACUUUGCUCUUUAG